AUGGCCUCUUCGUCCGAAGGGUCGCAAGACCACCACAGCGUGCGCGCCGCUACCCUUGGUGCCGAGCCAGCCGGACGUACAACCACGACCGCGACCACGACCGUACCUGUCAGUGAUGGCGUCAAGCCUCAGAAGCGUCUGGCUUGCACCGUCUGCCGCAAGCAACAAGUCGAGACAAUGCUCCAGGGAGCCGAACCGAGUGCAUCGCAAGGUCACCGGCCGCACGCUUCGGCGACUCUCCCCACACGAGAUGCGCCCAGUCAGAGCAACAAGCGGACGGCUACAGAGGCAAGCAUAGGUGCCACUUGGGAAGGGAUAGAUGCAAUGGACAGCGAUCAAAACAAUACCUCGGCCGCACCGCCCAUGGAGGACUUUACAUUUGACCCCAACUUGAACCUGAAUCUCAACGGCAUGGGUGGUGAUUUCUCGUGGGAGAUGAUUGGACUGGGACUGGAGGAGCCCUUACCGCCACACGACACCAUCGACCAGUUGCACCAGGUGUACUUUGACACUGUGCAUCCUUCGAUCCCCAUGAUACACAAGUCGCGGUACCUGAUGGCUAUGAAUCUGGCCCCGAACCAAAGACCGCCCGUUUGUUUGCGAUAUGCCAUGUGGACCAUGGCAUGCUCGCAUUCCGAGAAGCUCUAUGACUUCAAGGAUCUCUUCUACCAGCGCGCGCGCAAGUACAUGGAGGCAGACUACAUGAAGGGCUUUGGAGAGCAGGUCAUCAGCGUGGCCCAUUGUCAGGCGCACGUGCUGUUGACGUGCUACGAGAUGAAGAUGAUGUACUUCCCCCGCGCCUGGGUCAGCACGGGCUCUGCGAUACGCCUGUGCCAGAUGAUAGGACUGCAUCGCGUGGAUGGUGCAGGCCUUGAUGUGAAGCAAUGCCUGCCACCUCCCAAGGACUGGAUAGAGAAGGAAGAGCGGAGGCGUACGUUCUGGAUGGCGUACUGCCAAGACCGGUACACGAGCAUCGGUACCGGAUGGCCCAUGGGUGUGGAUGAGCGAGAUGUCAUGGCAAACCUGCCUGCGUCGGAAGAGGCCUUUGAAACCGGCAAGGCGGAGCAGACGUUGACUCUCGGGGAAGCGACGAGCCCGUCGGGGGCGUCGAGACUGUCGUCUUACGGCGCAGUCUGUCUCAUGGCGUCUCUCUUUGGUCGCAACUUGGUGCAUCUGCACCGCACGGACGGGGAUGACCAGGAGGGCGACAUCAACGGUCCUUUCUGGAAGCGGCAUCGCCACCUGGACAACAUCAUACUCAACACGGCGCUGUGCCUACCUUCCCAGCUCAAACUGCCGGCUGGGCUUGGGAACCCCAACGUUGUGUUUGCCAGCAUGGCCAUCCACACGUCGACAAUCUGCCUCCACCAGGCGGCGAUCUUUAAAGCCGAGCAGAACAAGCUGCCAGGAUCUGUCAGUAGCGAAAGCAAGGUACGGUGCAUCACUGCGGCGAAUGAGAUUGCCAGCAUCAUGCGGACAGUAUCACAUGUAGACCUGGACACGAUGAACCUCUGCAUUUCAUUCUGCCUGUACGUUUCCGCUCGCGUCUUCGUGCAGUACCUGAAGAGCAGACCGGACGACAGCCAGACGGCGGACUCUUUGCGAUUCCUGCUGUCGGCCAUGAACGCACUGAAGCAGCGGAACCCCUUGACGGAGAGCUUCCUCGCGCAGCUCGACGUUGACCUGGAGGCUUUGGUGGUGAGGAUACCGAAACUGCGGAAAGACUUCGACAACAUGCACGCAGAUUCACAGAGUCAAGACAAGACGAGAACCAACUGCGAUUGGAUGGGCGGCGCUCGAAGCAGUCCGUCCUAUCGCAACGAGUGUCACUUUAUGAAGACACUUGGUGACAACGGCAACCCGGCCGAAGGGCCCAACAUUGUCGAUCCAGGCCCUGAUAUGAUCGAUUUCCAGGAUUUCGAGGGCGCGGACAAGAUGACCGGCUUCAACGCUGACCCAUGGUUGGCCUCUAUGAACUCUGCGACGCCCCAAUCGGGGCGGACGCAGGACAGGGGAAGUGCGAGCGCAGACAACGUUGGCGGCCUGGGCUCACCGGGUCACUCGAGUGGCGUGACGCCGAAUUCGAGCACGAAUGGCGGCAAGGACAGUGCAUCGGACAGUCGUGGCCCGGCGAGCAACCUGCUGGGUCUGGGACAGACUCCGUUCCAGGCCAGUCCCAUCUCGUCCCAGCGGAAUGUGAUGGGCGCUGGGGGUCUGGAUCCUCACCAAGCCAACUUGUUUGCCACUGUGAACGACUACACAGUUAUGGGUGGCAGCGGCGGCGGAGGAGGAGGAGGAGGAGGAGGAGGCCAGAGCGGAUUUGGUCUUGAGCAGCAGAGUGUUUGGGGCAUGGACUUGCUCGCUAUGCCGCAACCGCAACCGCCACAGUCGCAGGGACCUCGACACGCCGGCGACGAUGUCUUGCAGGCUUUGAUGCACAUGGGGCCGAUGGACGCCAUGGAUCUGGCUUCGGGCGCCGCCCCGUUUGGCGGUGCUGAUAUGACGGAAUCCUCUGUCUACCGUGACCCUCUGGGUCAUCUGGGCCUCGACGAGUACGCGGCUGGGUUGGACGGGGGCGGCUUUGAUCACCACCACCACCAUCACCAUGGGCACAAUCCGCCACAGCAACACCACCAUCACCACCACCACCAUCAUCACCCACAGACGCAACAUCGGCCCAUAGCUCCCAUCUUACCGUCUCAGCAACCACCCGAGUUUGGCAGAACAGCCACGCAAGGACGGCUAUCGCAGAACCACAGCGGCAACGGGAGUGGUCAGUUUGGUAUCCUCAAGCCAACCAACGUCACGCCCGGCACCAAUGUCGCCUUCGCCAACGAGAGCCUCGAGGCGACCACGCAGGAGGCCGACAUGAGCAAGCUCAACGGGCCAGGCCAUGACCCUCGCAUCGUCGUCGACCCCCCCGAUCUGGCCGCCUGGCGUGACAAGCUCUUUAAUGUGGAUGACCUCAUCGUGCUCACCGAUGACCAGUUCGAAACCUAUUUCCCGCACAUUGACAAUGUCUACUCACACCGCUCGACACAGCGAUACAAGCGCAAACCGUUCGUGUCACACUACUGGGACUGCCGAAUGAAGGGACGCCCGCCAGGCACCCCCAAGAGCGACGACCCAAGCAAGAAGAAGCGGAAGCGCAACGCCAGGGAGCGCGACCUGUGCGACGUCAAGAUCAAGAUCACAGAGUACGCCCCCGGCGCUCAGAUCCAACUGGAGGAUGGCCUGGGCACGUUCUCCGCGCAGCCGCCGCCGGCCAUGGACAUGAUCGGGCCCGGGCAGAAGUUCUGGACGGUCCAGCGUGUCAACGGCAACGGCGGCAACGGGAAGGGGGACGGCGUGGCCGGGCCGCAUCGCCACUCGCUGCAGAAGAGCGAUGAGAUCAAGAAGAACAGCGUGCAGCGCUGGCUGGCCAAGCAGGACAAGGAGACCAAGAAGGGACAGGGCAAACUCAUGCCACGAAAGGCUACGGGGCCAGCACUGACAACUGUCAAGAAACACAGCAGGGACAGUGAUCUCAAGCUUUACUCGGCCUGUUUCUGCCCGUUUUCGCAGAGGGUUUGGAUUGCCCUGGAAGCGAAAGGCAUCGCGUAUCAGUACUGCGAGAUUGAUCCGUACCGCAGACCCGUGCCCACGCCAUUCCUGGAGGCGAACCCGCGGGGUCUGACGCCUGCCAUUCGACAGGGUGACUGGGCGUGUGCCGAGAGCGCGGUCAUUCUCGAAUACCUCGAAGAUUUGGACAAGGAGACGCCCCUUUUCCCCACGGAUCCGCGGUUGAAGGCCAACUGCCGCCUAUGGAUUGAUCAUAUCAACGAGCGCAUCGUACCGGCGUUUUAUGGCAUCUUGCAGGCUCGAGACAUGGCCGGCCCGCACCCCGAGCUCGUCGACAAGCUGCAAGCCGCCAUCACCAGGCUCGUGCUCGCGGCGGAUGAGCAAGGUCCGUACUUUCUGGGCGGCAGCCUCAGCCUUGUCGAUGUGCACUUUGCCCCCUUUGCCCUACGGCUGUCACGUGUACUCCAGCCCUCGCGCGGAUGGUCUGAGCCCAUCCCCGGAACCAGGUGGCACCAGUGGCUGGACGCGCUCGAGGGCAACGUCCAUGUCAGGGCCACCACGAGCACCAAAGAGCUGUAUGUGGAGACAACCGAGCUGCUGCUGAUGAAGCCGGCUCUGCCAGGAUGA